AUUUUUAAGGUAUUGGUAGCCCUGUUUCAUCCUCUGCCUUUCAUUGUUGCUAUUUAAUACCCGGUGUGUUUGCGUUUUUCAUUAUUUCUUGCAGAAAGUUUUGCUGUAAGUCUUUUACAAUCUAACGAAAAGUAUUGACAAUAAUUAUUUAGCAAACAAAAGAAGGCGGAGGGGGUAGCAGGAGGUGAAGAUGGAUAAUUUGGAGGAGGUAUUGCAAGCCCUUGACGAAUUUCAGAAAGUGCGUCCAAGUGAAAUACCUCGAGAACUCGAGGAUUAUUUAUGUUGGGUUGCGAAAACUGGUGAUCCUGUUUAUCAGUGGUCACUAAUUAAAACUUUGUUCAGGGAAAAACUUACUCGCGUGAUGACCGAAUUUUAUGAAAGUUGUCCGACGCUUGAUCUUGCACCGUGUCCAAACGUUGAGCAUUUCAAUUAUGAUAUGAUGAAAAGCAAUCUCUUAGAGCGUUUGGAAUCAUUUGCAAACGCUCCGUUUACUGUUCAACGAAUUUGUGAGUUAUUAACAGCACCGCGCAAGGAAUACAAUAGAGUUGACAAAUUUAUGAGAGCUAUUGAAAAAAAUAUCUUAGUUGUUUCUACUAGAGAACCUGGGCCAAUAACCAGGAGAAAUGAGAAUGGAGAUGGUAUGGUCAAUGGAUCAGUAGAUGAAGAUCCAUCUGUAACACAGCCUCCUCAGGAUGUAGAAAUGGAAUAUUGGGAAAAGGAUUGUUCUUCCACAGUUACAAUUAGCGUGCAUACUGUUGAAAAUGAAACGCCUUUGUUACAUACUGUUGUACCAACUAAUACUGUAGUAAAAAAUGUAUUUGGUACAGAAGAACUUUCACAUGAGAAAGUAGAAUCAACAUCUUCUAAGUCAGAUAUUGUAGUAUCUAAUUUUAUACAGACUACUUCAGAAUUUUCUGGAGUUUCCAAUUUGAAUUCUCAAGCACAAACACAGGAUUCACAAAUUGGUUCUGCAAUACAAAAUUUGUCAACCAUAGUUCCUGAAAAUUCUGGAAUUAUUAGUGAUGUUUCAGAAGCAAUUAUGAAUGAAGAUACUAGUUCUCAACCUAGUUUAGAAUUGAUAAAUGAAGGAGGAGAUGCUGUAGAUUCCUCAAGAAAAUUACAAACUACUUUCCAGACAAAAGAUUUUAGCACAAAUGAAAAUAAAUCAACAAAAUUUUAUAUAGAUAAUUCUAAGAUAAAUGAAAAGACAGAAGUUGAAUUAAUGUCAAUACAUGUACAAGAAGGAUCAAAUAAAAAUAAAGAUAUAUUAGUUAAAUCAGAUAUUGAACUUAAAACUGUGUUGGAUAAUAAAGAAUCAGUUAAUCCAAUUGUUGAAAAUCUAAAUACUAAUAAAAAUUUGGAAAAUACAAUAAAAUUAGAUACUGGAAUAGAAAACAUUCAAUCAAUUAUUGAUACAUCUAUUUCAAAUAAAAAAUCACUAGAUGAAAUUACAUCGACAACAAACAAUUCAGAACAACUAACAAAUAAUUUAAUUUUAUCUACUGAUAAUAUAAGUACAGAGGAGAUUACAAAUACUUCAGAGAAUUUGUCUAUAGAUGUAGAAAAUCUGAAAGAUCAAACUAAAGAAGUAGAAUUAAUAAAAAACUCAAAAUCUAUAAUAGAAGAACCAUGUUCCAAAACUAAUAUAACAAAAAAUUUUAAACAGAAUCAAAAAAAUGAUUUAACUAUCACAGAAAUUGGAGAAGAUGAGGGCAGUAUCAUAAAAACUAUAGUAUCUGAUCCAAUUCCUAUUGUUGAGGAACCAAAAAACAUAGAAUCUAUUAAAAUUAAAGAAAACAUUUCAUCAAUCAUUGAAAUAACAGAAAAGUCAGAAAAUCUGCAAAAUUCUCCAAUAAUAUGUCAAUCAGAAAACAAAGAAAAAAUGUCUAUUGAAGAUAGUAAUGUAGCACAAUUACAAGGUAAUAAUAUAACUUCUACUAUAAAUAAAAUACACGAUAGUGACACAGUAAUCGAAAAUAUAAUGAAUAAAAAAGAGCAAAAAGAGGUGGAAUUAAUGGAUGUAGAUGAAGAAGAAACAUUGUCUGUGUUUCAACAAGAUGAUGAAGUCAUGGAGCAAGAAACAGUACAAUCAUCUAGAAGUUAAUGAUAUGUAAGAAGAAGAUUUUAUUCAUAUUUUUUAAUAUUUGAUUUUGAUUUUAAUAGAAAACAUAAAAAAGAAAAAUAGAAAAAAUGGAAUUUGUUUAAAUGAUAAAAAUUUGUAUUGUAUUUCAAAUAUGAUUUGUAUGAUUUUCUUUAAGUAAUUUAAUAUAUGAAAU